AGAAACAAACGCGGAAAAGAUCAAAUGAAAAAAAAAAAAGGUCAUAUUCUAUUCUUCAUUAUCUUUUAAUCAAACUUUUCGUUCCAUAAACUAAAGCAGUUGUGUGUGAAAGUCAAGAACCCCUCCCAUCGUUUUAUGCUCUUUCUCCUUCACCCAACCCUUUGAUUUCUUCCUUCUGGCAUCGUUUCUCAUCUUUGCUUUUUUUUUUAUGUUUGAUCUUUGGUUCCCGUAAAUGGGUUUUCAACAUAGAAAGUUGAUGUCUGAUUCAAGAAAUGAAACUUCACUAGAUUACUGUGUCGAUUGUCACCAUGAUUGUGUUCCAUCAUGUUCUAAAUUAUGUGAGUUGUUCUGUUCUGAGCCUCCUGACUCUCCUGACCCAGACCGAUACUCUCCUCCGGCUCCUGUUUCUAAGUCCCCUUCUCAUACAAAGAUACCUACCAAGUUGUUGAUCAUAACGUUCACAGUUCUUGCCACAGCUUUCUUGUUUCUAUGCUGUUAUGUUUACUAUGUCAGGUGGUCUAGACGCCGAUCUAAUGCUAGGAGGAGAUCACAGUCUGAAACAACUGAAACCCGUGAUGAGUUCCUUGAUGAAGAUCAUGGUCCUAUCGUUGACCAUCCCAUCUGGUACAUCAAUACCGUAGGUCUGCAACCAUCUAUCAUUAAUUCCAUCACGGUUUGUAAGUAUAAAAGAGGUGAGGGUCUGGUUGAAGGAACAGAGUGCUCUGUUUGCUUGAAUGAGUUUGAAGAUGAUGAGACUCUAAGGUUGUUGCCAAAGUGUAGUCAUGCUUUUCACAUCCCUUGUAUUGAUACUUGGCUGAGAUCGCAUACCAAUUGUCCUAUGUGCCGAGCACCUAUUGUCUCAAACACGGCUAAAUCUAAUGAAGGACCAUCAUUGUCUGAGGUAAAUAAUGAAGAGUCAGGAGUAAGUGAGGAAACCCAAGUGGUAAUUGUGGAAGAUGAUGGAGAACCUGAGAGAGAAACUAAUGGUGAAGCAAGUGAAAUAAGGAUUAGACCAGUCGAGGAAGAGGAAUUAGCUGUUGAAAAUGAGAGAAACACAGGUGAAAGUUCGGGAGUAGAGGAUGGAAUUCAACCUAUGAGAAGAUCAGUUUCUUUGGAUUCCUUGGCAGCUUCUCAGAUUAGCCAGGCUCUUGCUAAUGGUAUUCCAGAGGGAUCUAAUGGCAAUUCAGAUAAUGAUUUGGCUAAAGGAAAAGAAUCGAGCGUGAGAAUUGUCUCAAGGAGAGCGGCAGGAAAUCAAAGUUUGCUGAGACUGAUGUGUCAUUCUUCUAUAGCUAGGUCUUUGCAGAAUGGGCCAGUUUUUAUGAAGAGGUCAUUUUCUUACAAUGGAAAAUUCUCCUUGCCAAUAUGCAACAACAAAAAUCCUCCUUUGAGAAGCUUUUGAUCGUUGCUGCAAGUUUCUACUUUCAGGUGAGACAUCUGAGACUGAGAUGUCUUGGGAACUCUCAACAAGCUGAGGGUUUUCUGUAAGCUUUUUGUUUCUUUAAAAUAGAAAAUACUGUAAUAUCCAGAACCCUUGAUGAAUAUAGAUGAUGCUAAACUUGUAUAAUAAUACAUAGCAAUAAGAUUCAUCAAAAAAAGGAUCCUGUUCCGAAGGGAUAGCAGUUGUGCUUAUUGCAGCAUCAGUUUUGAGUUUUCUAUAGAAAACAUGCAGUUGUAAGUAAAGCUUUUGAGACUAAUGCUUAUGUUAUUUUCUUGUUUAA